UCUGAGCAUUCCUCACUACUCUUUUCUUCAUUCUCUUGUUUAUAGCACCAUACCAUAUACAAAAGAAAAAAAAAUGGUCAUAAUAUCACGCCUUAUGUUACUCCAUGCAUUAUUGUUAUUGUUCCUUUCAUCAUUCCUAGCAAGCAGUGGUCAAAUGGUGCUUGCAAAAGGGAACAAAAAUGGUUAUGUUAGAGAAGCUUGCAGUGUAACAAGGUACCAAGAGUUGUGUGUUCAUUCACUAGCACAAUUCUCCAACACUGCGGGAACAAGUCCUAGCAAAUGGGCACGUGCUGGGGUAUCAGUGACAAUAGGCGAGGUAAAGAAAGUUCGAGCAUUCUUGGCACAGUUGAAAAGAAAUGGAGGAUUCAUAGGAAGAAACAGAGCUGCACUUUCAGAUUGUGCUGAGGUUUUUGAUGAUGCACUUGAUGAGCUUCAUAGAUCACUUGAUGUGCUAAGAAAGCUUAGCAAAACCACGUUCAGCACACAAAUGGGGGAUCUCAAUACUUGGAUUAGCGCGGCGUUAACCGAUGAAGACACUUGCCUUGAUGGAUUUUCAUUUCAAGUCCAAGAUAAUAAUAAUAAUAAUAAUCAUAACAAUAAUAAGAAGAAGCAGAUCAAGUUGCUGCAGAGAAGGGUCCAGAAUGUUUCUUACAUAACCAGCAAUGCUCUAGCUCUUGUUAACAAGCUUGCUACCACAGGUAUUGAAAGCUUUGUUGAUCAAGACAAGUCCUGAAUUGGGUAACAGAUACUUGUGCUACAUGUGUAAUAUAUAUACAUAUACUUUUUCUUUAUUUUUCUUUGGUUUUUGUCUAUAUCAAAUGGGAACUAUAAGAAGAAAUAAAGCAUAAUGUUCUGUUAGCAAAGGUGUUACAAUAUAUGUUUGAAUACUUAUUAGUAAUUAAGGUUUCAGCAAGAAAUAUGAAUUAGGUGUUGCUUGCUUGUGUAAAUAUGAUCAUGAAAUGAAAUUUAUCCCACAAGCUGUAUAAAUAGUUGAAGAUCUUUUACUUAGUA